UUAAAACAAUCAUUAAUGGGCUCACUGACAGCCCAAAUAUCGACGGCUAACUGGAGAGAGACAUGUUAUUCUUACCAUCACCAACAAGCUACCUCACUGUCACCGUUCCUCUGUAACUCUAUCCAAUCCACCUAUCAUCCCCUGAAUCCCCAAAACAAAUGGCGUUCCUCACCGGACGAUCGUCCUCUCUGGUUGGCCUCUACCAUCACCACCGUCCAAUUCUCUCAAUCACACGGCAAUCAAAUCUCAACACCACCACUGCUAGUCGGUGGUGGUGGUUCAGCACCACCGGCACCGAGUCGAUUCCGAGUGAACUCGCCGGAAAAAAACGCAUACGAUCUCUUAGGGGUUUCCGAAACAAGCUCGUUCGCCGAAAUCAAAGCUUCGUUCCGAAGAUUGGCCAAAGAAACUCACCCUGACCUCACUCAAUCGCUGGACCAUUCCUCUGAUUCCCAUCGAUUCGUUCAAAUCCUCGCUGCUUAUGAGGGAAGUUCUGACUUAGUAGUGAACAAUGAAAUGCAGAUACUAUCAGAUUCUGAGAAGAGGACCCAUUAUGACAGGUACCUGUUAUCUCAGAGAAUGCGCGUUCACAGAUGUUCUGAGCAAGUUUCAGUAAUGUACACAUAUGAAUCACACAGAACAACAAUGAAAGAAAUGGAAGUUGUUGAAUGGUUAAAAUGGUAUAGGUUUGCUUUAAAUGAUAUUUUGUCAGAGAAAAGAAUUGUAGUUUGGUCAGGGUACUUUGAUCUCCUCCCUGACUGUUUUGAAGCCGAGGAGAGGUCUGCCUUUGAAACUCCUGAAGUGCUGCACUUGGUUUCAGGGCGUGACCUUUUUGGAAUGAUAUCCCUAGCUGAUAAGGUUCCUGAAUUAUCUCAGUCCUACAAUGAAAAACUGUCAUCUUUUGCCUCUAGAGGGUCAGGGUUGUGCCAAGCCAUAGAGAAUAUAAGCAGACAAACCAAUUCUGGUUCAGAUGAUAUUGGAAUUCAUCGGAUGCAAGCAACAGAGAUUGAUUACAUAUAAAGAUCUAGAAUUGCAUGCGUCGGGAAAGGUGGUUGCUUUGGCAACCAGAGUCCCACCUAAAAGCUAUUGCAAUGGGAUAAGAAAUGCAGAUUCUCAGGAUCACAUACAUGUAUAUCUUAGUUCACAUGAAUUUACACAAUCUUGUUGUGCUAAUUUACUCUAACCAGCAAGCAUAUGGAGACCAGAAUGGAUAUUCAUUUGAAAUAUUCAUUUAAAAGAGUGAAUGCAAGUUUAAAUUAGGUGGAAUUUCUCUAGUUAUUUGUAUUUGAAAUCUCGACAGGAAAAUGUCAGGAAAAGCAUUUGAGUUGACUAAGGCCUUGUUUGGUAGA